AUGGCUAUUGCAAAAAAAUGGAGUGCCGAAGCAAUUAGAGGUAUUGCAGGGCGUGAACUUAUCGUCAGAGGCGAAGCUAACGUCGGCAGGCUCGAAGUCAUGCCAGAACUUAAAGAGAUCGUUCCGCAAGGGAGCAAUCCAACCAUACUUUUGUUGGAGCUGUUGAAUGCUGGUGACGCUACACCUGCAAAAUUCCAGCCUGUUCAAUUGAACAAAGAGCUUAUUGAGAUCAACCAGUACAGGUUAGUUCAGUUUGAUUAUACGGAAGAUACUGAACUGCUGGAAGACGGCGAUCUGCAGCCUGAACCGCCGCCAGGCUGCACCCUCAAAACGUUGUGGCAAUGGGUACGCCUGCCGAAAAAAGACUGGCAAAAGCUGUUGGAAGAUAUGGACGCGUUUUCCGGGCCGUUCUUUAAAGAAGCCGUGCGCCAGUCUGCCAAUGAAAUCAUCAAACUAUCAGAAGCCGGAGACCGCACCUGGGGCGCGAUUAUCGCCACGGUGCUGCAAUGCACGGAUUUUAUCAAGUCUCCGGCUCUUCAGCAAUCACUGGAAAGCGGUUUCAACCCGUACCGCCUGGCUGACGGCAAUACGGCCCUGUACAUCAUCAUCCCGGCGGACAAAUUGCAAAGCCAUGCACGAUGGCUGCGGCUGGUCACCACCACCACGAUGCGGGCUGUGGUGCGUAAGCCAAACAAGCGCGUGACAUUCCUGCUGGACGAAUUCAGCGCCCUGGGCUAUCUGCCGGAGAUCGAAACCGCCCUUUCCACCUAUGCCGGGUUUGAGAUCACCGUAUGGCCCAUUCUGCAAUCCCUCAGCCAGUUGAAAGCGCAUUACAAGGACAGCUGGGAGACGUUUGUCGGGAAUUCCACCAUCAGGCAUUUUUUCAGCGUCAACGACAAUUUCACCGCCGAUUACGUCAGCAAGGCCGCCGGGAUGCGCUCGUACGUGAUCACCAAAAGCCAGGGCAACAUCGAGGAAGCCCAAAGCAACCAACGCCCCCUCAUCACCCCCGACGAGCUGCGCCGCCUGUCAGGCGAUAAUAUAUUCACAUUCAUGGGCGCGAAACCCAUCACGACUGGAAGGAUCAGGAGAGGCGGGAAUUCGUGA